AAAUCAAAUUGCGAUUUCAAAUUUUCUUUUAAUGCUAAUUCAGGGAAAUCGGUUGAUGCCAUUAAUUGUGAAAACGGCUUUUUAAAGUGAUGAUAUAGUCGCAUCAUACUGCUUGGUGAGAAUUAGUAGAUUCCUAUGGCAGAUGCUGUUUCAAGCUUUUGGGGUCCGGUCACAUCCUCCCAUGAAUGGUGUGAGAAGAAUUACCUAUAUUCAUCCUAUGUAGCUGAGUUUUACAAUACCAUAUCGAAUAUUCCAUGCAUUCUUUUGGCACUUAUUGGCCUUCUAAGUUCAUUGCUACAACGUUUCGAGAAGAGGUUUAGUGUUUUACACUUAUCAAAUAUGGCACUGGCUAUUGGAAGCAUGAUGUAUCAUGCCACCCUCCAACAUGUGCAACAGCAAAGUGAUGAAACUCCAAUGGUAUGGGAAAUGCUCCUCUAUAUCUACAUUCUAUAUUCACCUGAUUGGCAUUACCGUAGCACCAUGCCCACAUUUCUCUUCCUCUACGGGAUAUCUUUCGCCGUUAUUCAUUCCGUGAUCCGUUUUGAUAUCGGCUUCAAGGUUCAUUAUGUAAUGUUAUGUCUACUGUGCGUACCUCGGGUCUACAAAUACUACAUAUACACACAGGAUAUAACUGCCAAGAGGCUCGCAAAAUAUUAUGUAGCUACUCUUCUUCUUGGUACUUUAUGCUGGUUAGUUGAUCGAUUUUGUUGCAGCUGGAUAUCCAAUUGGCCAAUUAACCCACAAGGUCAUGCAUUGUGGCAUGUUCUCAUGGGCUUUAAUUCUUAUUUUGCAAACACUUUCUUGAUGUUCUGUCGAGCCCAACAACGCGAAUGGAGCCCUAAAGUCGUUUAUUUCAUGGGAGUUCUUCCUUAUGUGAGGAUCGAGAAACCAAAGACACAGUAAGAUAAAAGUUUGUUCUGUUUUUGGGACCCACAAAGAUUUCAGGUGACAUUUCAUUUUGUUUUUCACCAUAAUAUGGUUUUGAAGUAUGAUUCUAAAAGGUUAGAUUUUUGUGAACUUCUAGUUUGUGCAAGUAGGAUGUUUGUGUACCAUAUCCUCUGGUUUUGUUUAGAAUUUUAUGAUAUGAUCUAAGGGUUCUAGUUCUUUAA